CGCCGAAUUGAGGCCGCGACAAGAGAGCAGGUUCUCCUCCGAAGAGAGGCCGCGACAAGGGAACAGGUUUUCCCCCGAAGAGAGGCCGCGACAAGAGAGCAGGUUUUUCACCGAAGAGAGGCCGCGGCAAGAGAGCAGGCUUUCCGCCGAAGAGAGAAUUCACGCGAUGAAGAGGCCGACGCAGACCGCGGCGGAAAGGAUGCGGAGGCCUGUGAAUGGUGAGCUCGGACUAGCCGCAGCAACGACGCCCUUGACCAACGGCAGGGGCUCUGCGACGGCGAACGCACGGCGUAGUGCCAACAAUGGCAGAAAACUCGGUGGCUACGCCGCGGCGGCACAAAUGCCUCUACAAAUGUCCACGCAACCGCCCGCUCUUCCUCCGGCGUCUUCGCUCGUGUUGCUGUCACGGGACCCGACGCCUUCUGCUGACCAGAAGGCCGCAGCAACAGCGACGACAGGUGCCGACCAGAGGCCGGCGGCCACGAAUGUCGCCGGUGGGAGGCCCAGGACGCUGUUCCACCAGCAGGGCUUCCACGGACCGUACUCGUAUCGUUUCGGCUUCGACACGGCAGACCCUUACAACCCGCAGACUCGCUACGAGGAGAAGGGUGCCGAUGGCCGCGUCCGGGGAUCCUACAGCUACCUGGACCCCAAGGGUCGCCUGCAAGUGGUGCGCUACGAGGCGGACCGAGAAGGAGGAUUCAGAGUCAAAGGGAGCUUCGGACAGUUCCCGGGUGACUCGAAACCUUAGGCCCGUGAAGUCCACUGCGAUGUAUAGAUACCAUCAGCGCGUUCACGAAUGCACCACGCUGAUGUAGGGGAGUGUCGUGCUCGGAUAGAGAACGUCACAAAACGUUGUGCCAUCAACUGGUGGAGCUAGAUGAACCCUUCUUCUUGCGCCUCUUUCAGUGCCGAUGAGACAAGAGCGAUAAGGGUAUUCACUGGUCGUUCUUUUGAUCGGAACGCUGGCUUCCGAAAGUCAGAGAGCCUG